CGGAAGGUGCAGGAAAGCAGCGGGACAGAUGGAAACAUCACUGCUGCAAACGCAGUGCUUCUUAGAGAUCAGGAGCAGCACUCAGAGCGGGGUCUUGAUCAUUGGAAACCUUCCAGAGAAGUACUGCGAGCUGCAAGUCACUCUCGGCCCAUCAUCCAUACGUCUUUGCACUGCAGAGCAGUGUGUGAACCUAGAUUUGCCAGUAGGGGUCAGAAUUGUUCCUCCUUCGUGCCGCAGUCUCCAGUAUGUCCCAGGCGAUGGAUUCCACAUGAGGCUGCAAGUUCAGAUUAAUCAAUCUGCAGAGCUUGUACCAACUGUCAUCGAAACCUUGCAAGCCCAGACAUGCUAUAACUUUCAGUGCCAAGUCUGUGGACAAUCUGUACUCAAGAAGCAGAUGUUUCAGAGGGUUUUACCAUUGCCUAGUGGAAAUUGGAAUGAUUUGGUGGAACACUGGUGCUGUCAUCCUGAUCCAUUUGCCAAGGCCUUACGACCGAGGUUGGAUGACUGUUUAUUAGGCGACACUUUCCUACUUGUGAAUGUGGUGAGCGUUGAUGAAACUGCGGUGCAUGAAGAGACGGUGAGGCAGUCCGAUGUCAAGCAGCUGGUGCAGGUGGAGAGCGAAAAUAACACAAUCGUUUGCACACGCUGUAGAAAGUUGCUGGGAAUUGUGUCUUCAUCAGAUACUAUUAAAUUUUAUAUCACCGAGGUGCUGGUCCAACCCUUGACAAGUAAAGUUUUGAAAAGACAGAUACAUGAAAGAUCUUGGUUUGUGGAGACUGUGGUUGCUGGUCGGCUGAAGGAGUUUUCAACUGCUCAGUGUAGCUUCAGAUUCUGUAUUCAAGGGCAUGACGGAAAAACGUAUAUUCUGCUCUGGCUUUUGAAUUCGGAUAGCCUGCUGGUGAGAUCACACAAUGAUUCAAAUAGUGAUUUUGCAAGAGUUGACGAGAAUGCAGUAAAGCCUGAGUCGUCUCACAUGUUAUGUGAAGGAAAUAACGCUGUCAAAGUACUGUAUCUGCCCUGUUUAAACGGGAGAAACAAACUGGUAGAAGAGAAGUGGGAGAAGAAUAUUUCUGUACACAGCAUGACCCUUCCAGUGAACACUUGCCUGCAGUUGUUACUCAUCCUGGCUUCAUCAACUGCCUCUCUCCCUCCUUCACUACAGAACAUGAACUCUUUCAAGGUGGCAUUUUUGAAACUGGAUUGAUCGUAGUCGUUACCAGUUUGGAGGAGCCCUUGCAUUAGGAAAAAUAACAGCCUUUCCAAACUGUGAAAUAAUUAGAGAAUGAUGAAGAUCGGUUUACAAAGUACUGUUUAUUAAAACGUGAAUGUCGUACAACAUGUCGUUUAAUCAUCCUUCAUGAGGGAAAUAUAAUGUCAGCAGGCAGUGCCCCUUCAGGAUAAAAUAUAGCUUCCAGUUUUUUUUACCAAGGUGAUCAACAGUCCCUAAAUCACUUACCAGAAUAAAUCUCUGAAUCCCACUGAAACUAGUAAAGUUUAGUUAGGAAUACUUCUCUGAAACAUUUACAUGAUAUCAAAAUCACUGCAAAACUGCAUAUUGUAAUAUGAUUAAGUUGAAUCAGUAAUCCAUUUAAGUGAAGUAUCAUCAGCUGUGACCUUUCAAAAAUAUUUCUUAUCCUCCUGGGAAAUAAUUUGCAUUUAUAUAUCACCUGAAACGCAAUAAAGCAUGUCAAGGUGCCUUGCAGGAGCAUUGUAGAGGAAAUUGUGACUUUGAUUCACAGAAUGGGUUCUUUUGGUAGAUAUCCAAAAUCUUUCUCAUAAAGGUAGGCUUUAAGGAACAGGUUAAAUAGGAGAAUAGGGAGCAGGAUAUAUUUGUUAAAAAUUCUAGAGUGUAGGACAUAUUAAACAUUCAUUUUAUGAUACAUUACAAUUUAAUUACAGCAAACUUUGCUUUAACCAGUACACUUUGAGCUGACAUUCUUGAUAAAACAGGCUCACUGAAUGUCCACUUUAUAGAACAGAUGUCUUUUAUUCAGAGGUUGAUAAACUUAAUGGAGUUAUCUUACAAUAUGAACUAGCAAUGGAAUAAGUUUGAUGCAUAACAACCAUUAGCACAAAACUAUUGUUUAACAUUA